AUUAACUUUCAAUUGAUUGCCACCAUUUAGUUCCCUUCAAUUCCAAGCUCGAAUUUCUGAAAACUCUUGAAGAUGGCUGAGGUAUCCCUGCAUGUAUAUGAUCUAAGUCAAGGCUUGGCUCGCAAACUAUCCACCACAUUUUUGGGGAAAUCGAUUGAUGCAAUAUGGCAUACAGGAAUAGUGGUUUUCGGAAAGGAAUACUACUUUGGAAGAGGAAUACAAGUACAUUCUCCAACCGGAACUACCCCAUAUGGAGCUCCGGUUAAAGUGGUUGAACUAGGCAUCACCCAUAUCGACAAGGAUAUUUUCGAGAUUUAUCUAUAUGAGAUUAGCCGACAGUAUACAACAAAAACUUAUAGUUUGUUGUAUCACAAUUGUAACAAUUUCAGCAAUGAAGUUUCUCAGUUCUUGGUGGGUGCAGCCAUUCCAGAUUACAUAUUGAAUCUCCCUAAAGAAGUUAUAAACAGUCCUAUGGGUCCUCUCAUGUUGCCUAUGAUUAGGAAACUUGAGGUUACAUUGAAAAUAGGAGCAGUUCCUCAUGAAUUCAGUCCUUUUAUUACAACAACAUCCAAAAAGUAUGUAGAAAAUCGGCAUUGUUUGAAGGGAAAAGCCCGUGAAACACCACUUGGGGUUGAUAUUCUUGGACAUGGGCGAAACAAAGUGCAGGAGGAUAUAACUUCUGAAUUUGCUAUUAUAAUGGCGACUGGAAGAUUGCGCGCGAUUGAAGCUGUGGCUCUUGCGACAAGAAGGGUCAUGCAGAGGUACCGCGACCAUGCAAAUGUUGCAUAGGGUUAAGAUUGGAUUGAUUCUGUAACUUCUUGUUUCUAUUCUUGUAAUGUUUUUUUCUGGUAUAGUUUAUGAUGGUUCUAUCAUUGUGGAGAAUUGUAUUUGUUUGUUUUUAUUCCAUAAGAGCCUAAAUGGAAAUUCUUAUUGAUGUUAUUCCUUGUCUGAA